AUGACCAGGCUGCUUCACACUUGCCGAUGCAUCAAAUUCAACAACAGAAAUGACAUCGCCAGACAACUUUCAUCAUCUUCUUCUUCCGAGAUUACAAGAUCUGACAUUGUGGAUGAAGCUUCUGCGUUGACCAGAUCCCUUUAUCGCCUUUGCCUCCGUUCAGUCAAAGUCAUCCGACAUGGAAACGAGUUUGAUGAAAAGGAUUUUCAACGACGAGACGAAGAAUUCUCCAACCCAACACCAGGAGGGGUAAUGUCAAUGGCACCGCCGCCAAAUCGAGAAGAUGAACUGCGUUCGCGUGCCGAGUACUAUCAAUCGUACGCCCGAGAAUACUUUAUUCAAGAAUCAGAUUGCUUGGACAACGAUCCACUUCAGGAAAGAGACAUCAGGAGGUUUCUUUAUUACUUGCGAAAAGGAGAGAAAGACAGAAAAUGGUUGCUUGGAGAUAUGCUAUUCCCAGAUCCAUACAAGACUGCAUUUGAUGUGGAACGGAUCGAAAAAUUCGAGUCCAUGACCAAAACUUAUUUGGGUGAAGACGAGGAAGAAGAGAUCGCCGAAGGUACUAAUACAGGAUCAUCAGAAGCUACGACCAGUAACGGGGAUGACUAUUUUGCAGAUGCAGAAGAUGACUUACCAGAUUGGGUGAAGAAACAUAUGAAGUGA